CAAAUAAAAUAUUAAUCGUUUGGUUUCUCUCUUUUUGUCAUUUCUGCUUAUUUCAUACAGACUAUCAGAUUUAUCCCCACUUGAAAACCGAAUGGGCUUAGAUCAAUCCUGGUAUAAAAUCAGAAAUUGGAUAAUUCCGAUUAGUCCACAAUAAAUUUAGUAAGCGCCAUUUAGGAUAUAUGUUUCCUUGCUAAGGAAGAUGAUACUCUUUUUGAUACUUAUAUUAACGUGUACACUUGUGCCCGCCUAUUCUAAUCAACCAUACGAUGAUGUUAAUGUACUGUCGAAUUUUGAUAUUGAGUACCAUUCUGACAUAAAAACUGGAGCAGGUGGUAGCAGUUCAAGUAGUGUCCAAGCUGCCUCAACAGGAGGCAAAAAGAAGCAAGGUCUCAGUGUUGGGAGCAGUUUAAGAAGCAUUGCUGAAGGAUCUUCAAACACAGCCAAAGAUGCAGUGAAUAACCAGGAUGCUGCUGGUUAUCAGGCAGCUUAUGUGGCUAAGAAUACCCUCGCGCAGUCUGCAGCUGGAGCAUCAGCUACAGCGCAGGCUGCUUUAGCAGGGAAACAAAUUAUCCUCCAAGGACUCGAGCAGCAAUUCAGGGACGCCCAACAGGGUUUAAGGGGUGAGCAAGAGCAGCUGAUGCAAGCCCAAAGAGCUGCUGAUUCCACAAAUCGUGCUGCACAAGAAGCUAGAGCUCAUGUAAACGUAUUGCAACAGACACUAAACGCAGCUCAAGCUGCAGCUGACCAUGUUACUCAAGCAGCUUCUGAAGCAGCUGGUGAGUUGGCUGCGCAGCAAGCGAUGGUGGGUUCGGCAAUUCAGCGAUUGGAUCAACUAGGACAGCAACUGAAGAGUGUCAGAAUUGACUUUCAAGCAACACAAGCAGCUGCUCAAAAGGCCCAAGCAGCAGCACAAACAGCAGCGGCUAAUGCUGCAGCCGCUGCAGCAAAAGCUGCGGCAGGCUUGGCAAAAGCUGCCCAACUGCCUCCUCCGCCACCCCCACCACAGGUACCAAAAGACAACGGUGGUGCAGGAGGAAAAGGACAAGGCGGUGCAGGAGGUAAAGGAAAACUUACCGCUCCUUUUGAGCGUGAUUUUUAUAAACCUUUUGAAUAUGAACGAUAACAGUUAUAGAGUAAAUUUAUUGUUUUUAUACUUUUUGUUUAAAUAAAUUUCCACAAAAAUUAA